AGCUUUGUAAAAAUGGUCUCGUUCCUACAUUUGUCAUCAUUAUUUAUCAGGCAGCUCCCGGGGCGAGAACACUCUGCGCCCGGCCCGCCCACGGCUGACAGACGCGUGCUGCCGCGACAGUUGGUGGUCCGAGGUUGGCCCGAGCGGUGUGGUUGUUGUGGUGUGUGCGCCGCGCCGCGCCCCGACGAUGCCCGUGUGUGAGGCGGACAUGACGGAGGCCGAAUGCUUGUCCCCGGGGCUGGUGGAGGACGCCGCCCCUGUCGCGCCCUACAGCGAGGACGAGGUAGACCCCUGCGAGGAGGAGGAGGACGCGCAGCCCCGCCCAGACGCCCCGGGUAGUCCCGGCGACGCCGACGACAAGGCCAAGAAGGACAGCGGGCCCGUCAAGCCGCCGUACUCGUACAUCGCUCUCAUCACAAUGUCCAUCCUGCAGGCGCCGAAGAAGCGCGUGACGCUGAGCGAAAUCUGCGAGUUCAUCAUCAACAGGUUCCCUUACUACAAGGCCAAGUUCCCCGCCUGGCAGAACUCCAUCCGCCACAACCUGUCCCUCAACGACUGCUUCGUCAAGGUGCCGCGCGAGCCUGGCAACCCCGGCAAGGGCAACUACUGGACGCUCGACCCCGGCGCCAUCGACAUGUUCGACAACGGCUCCUUCCUCCGCCGCCGCAAGCGGUACAAGCGGCAGCACCCUGACUUCCUCAACGACCCGCACGUGUUCUCGCUGCUGGCCACGGGCAUGGUGGACCACUACCACCUGCAGCAGCAGCAGCAGCAGGCGGCGGCGGCGGCGGCCAUGGUCGGGCCGCACCCGACCUUCGUGCACCGCCCGUCGCCUUACGCCCACCACCCGUACCUGCACGCCGCCGCCCUGCACCACCCGCACGCCCACCACCACCACCACCACCACCCCGCCUUCGCGCCCCACGUGGAGUUUAUAAGAAGUUUACGGGGCGUCCUGCCGCCCACGUCGCUCCCCGGCGGCUGCCCCGCCCCCUCCGCCGCCCCCGUGGUGGCGCCCACGCCCGUCAAGCCGCUGCUAGGGUCGCCGCCCUCACCGCCGCUCACCCGCGCCGUGCCGCGCCCCGCCUUCACCAUCGACGCCAUCAUGGGGCGGGACAAGUCGCCGCCGCCGCCGCCGACGUGCCGCCCCGGCCCCAUGCCCGCCCUGCCCCUGCCCGCCCUCAACCCCGAGCCCUUCAGCCGCUUGCUGGGGCCGCCCUUCCUGCCCCGCCCGCUGCCCGCCCCGCUGUCCCACACCUUCGCGCCGUCCUCGCUGUCCCGGUGAGACACACCCGCGGCGCCGUCACCUAGACGGCGCUGUGGGUCGCCGGGCCCGCCGCCCCCCUCCGCCACAUUCCGCCGCCGCUGUAUAUACCUCUGUACAUUGUUGUGUAUAGCAUUAAACUUGUUUUUGGUAA